ACUCUAUUUGUUCUACAGUUGAAAAAAACAUGGCUACAACAAACGACAUGGGAAAGAUGAUCGAGAUUUACGGAUUCCCCGCAGAGGUCACCGCCGACGAGGUGAAGGAAUUUAUCGAGAAUCACACGGGAGACGGAACGGUGUUGACGGUGAGGAUUUCCAAACCCAAUGAUGAAAAAGCCCGGUUCACAUUCGCCACGGUCCGGUUCACCAGCAAACUCGGGGGCGAGUAUGUGGUGGCGCAGGCGGCGGCGGAGAAGCGGUUGUGGUUCGGAAGUUCGUAUCUGAAGGCAAGAAAAGUGGAGAGGGAGAUCAGGACGGCGACGGCGGCUGCCGCGGCGAGAGUUCACGGCGGGUUGGAGAGAAUGGAAAACGUGAAUGUGCAGUGGGGAAGCCUGGUUUCGAAGGAGAAAAUGAAGGUGAUUUGGAAGGAGGGGAAAUGGAGUGUGGAAUAUGGAAUUGGAGCAAGGAAAUUGGGGUUUUAUUUGAGCUAUGAGGGUGUUGAGUACAAAAUGGAGCUCUGUUUUGAGAAUAUUCUGGGAGUUCAGCUUCGUUGUUCCGGUGAUCGUGGUUCCGAGCUUUUUCUCAUUCAGUUGCAGGGUGCUCCACGGAUUUUCAAGAAAACUCCAUCGUCUUCUUCCUCUCGAUUAUCUUCCGAGGAAUCCACUGGUUUCCGUUGGAUCAGAGAUGUGGAUUUCACUCCAUCUUCUUGCAUCGGACAGUCUUUUGCUCUGUGUUUGGAACUUUCUCCUGGAGAUCAGCUUCCUUCUUUCUUCCGAACAUUGGUCGGCUACAAAGAAAGCUAUGCUCCAUUCAUUCUACACCCAGGUUCUUCUUUAUCCUCCAUUUCAAAUCUGGUACCUAUCAUUACUCCACCUCAAGGCUUUGAUAUCUCUUAUAAAAUUUUGUUCAAAAUCAAUGCCCUGCUUCAACAUGGUUAUCUUCCUGGACCAGCGCUGGAUAAUGAAUUUUUCCGACUGGUCGAUUCCAGUCGAUUUCGUCCUGAAUAUAUCGAAUAUGCCCUAGAAAAACUUUUUCAUUUUAAGGAAUGUUGCUAUGAGCCACAAAAAUGGCUCAAGCAGCAAUAUCUGUCAUUCUACAGCUCUAAGCAGCUUCCAUGUAAACCUAAUGUUUCGUUGGAUGAUGGCCUGGUCUAUGUGCACAGGGUUCAAAUUACGCCUACUAAAGUGUACUUCCGUGGUCCGGAGGCGAAUCUCUCUAAUAGAGUAGUCCGUCAUUUUAUUGAUGAUGUAGAUAAUUUUCUUCGUGUGUCUUUUGUUGAUGAGGAGUUAGAUAAACUUCAUUCCAUUGAUUUAUCUCCGCGUACAUCUGCUGAAAAUGAUUUAAGAACUAGAGUUUAUGAUAGAGUACUAUCGGUGUUAAGAAAUGGUAUAGUUAUUGGUGAUAAGAAGUUUGAGUUUCUUGCUUUCUCGGCGAGUCAACUACGGGAAAAUUCUUGUUGGAUGUUUGCUUCGAGGAAGGGGCUUAGUGCAGCAGAUAUCAGAGAGUGGAUGGGUGACUUUCGUCAGAUAAGAAAUGUGGCAAAAUAUGCUGCUCGACUAGGCCAAUCUUUUGGCUCAUCCAGAAGAACUUUGUGUGUUGAACAACAUGAAAUUGAAGUUAUUCCUGAUGUUGAAGUUGAAACCAAUAAAAUUACUUAUUGUUUCUCUGAUGGGAUUGGAAAAAUAUCUGGAACAUUGGCUGAGAAGGUUGCUGAAAAAUGUGGUUUAAUCAGCCAUACACCAUCUGCCUUUCAGAUCCGAUAUGCUGGAUACAAGGGCGUUGUUGCUAUCGACCCAACAUCGACGAAGAAAUUGUCGUUACGAAAGAGUAUGUUGAAGUAUACGUCGCUCGACACCCAAGUCGACGUCUUGUCAUGGAGCAAGUACCAACCCUGUUUUCUUAACCGUCAGGUGAUCAACCUUCUGUCCACUCUUGGAAUUAAAGACCGCGUUUUUGUGAAAAAACAAAAGGAGGCUAUAGAUCAACUGGAUUCCAUUUUAGAAGAUCCGUCGAGGGCAUUAGAAGUGUUGGAGUUGAUGUCCCCCGGGGAAAUGACUAGUAUUCUUAAGGAAUUGCUUUUGCUUUACAAGCCAAAUGAAGAGCCUUUUCUAAAUAUGAUGCUACGAACAUUUCGAGCAGCUAAAUUGUUAGAUUUGAGGACUAAAUCAAGGAUAUUUGUUCCUAAGGGAAGGACAAUGAUGGGUUGCCUGGACGAAACCCGAACGCUAGAAUACGGGCAGGUGUUUGUUCAUUGCUCUCUCCCUGGAAGAUCAAGCGAGAGUAAUUUUGUUGUUAAGGGUAAAGUGGUGGUUGCUAAGAAUCCCUGUUUACACCCAGGGGACGUGCGUUUGCUCGACGCUGUUGAUGUGAAAGCUCUGCAUCAUAUGGUGAAUUGUGUUGUUUUUCCACAGAAAGGGGAAAGACCUCACCCAAAUGAAUGUUCUGGGAGUGAUUUGGAUGGUGACUUGUACUUCGUUGGUUGGGAUCCGGAGCUGACUCGUAUUAAACCAGUUAAACCUAUGAGCUACGAGCCCGCACCAACUAUGCGGUUGGAUCACGAUGUCACAAUCGAGGAAGUGCAGGAAUACUUGGCCAAGUACAUGGUAAAUGAUGGUCUUGGAGGCAUUGCAAAUGCUCACACUGUAUUUGCAGAUAAGAAGCCUAAAAAGGCAAUGACUGCUGAAUGUAUUAAACUUGCAAAAUUAUUCUCCAUUGCUGUUGACUUCCCCAAGACCGGUGUGCCAGCAAACUUUCCACACAAUCUUCGUGUUCGUGAGUAUCCAGAUUUCAUGGAGAAGCCCGACAAGCCGACUUAUGUAUCGAAUGGUGUUCUUGGGAAGCUUUUUCGAGGAGUGAAAGACGUUUCUUCCGAUGUCAACACCAUUGAAAUCUUCUCUAGGGAAGUUGCUACCAAGUGCUACGAUCCAGACAUGGAAGUAGAUGGUUUUGAGGAUUACUUGAGCGAAGCUUUUGAGUACAAAGCCAGGUACGACUUCAAAUUGGGGAACCUGAUGGAUUAUUAUGGUAUCAAAACGGAACCUGAAUUAAUUAGUGGAAAUAUUUUGAGAAUGGCGAAGUCUUUUGAUAAAAGGAAUGACCUGGAACAAAUUAGCCUUGCCAUUAAAUCACUACGAAAAGAGGCAAGGUCUUGGUUCAAUGAGAAAGGAAGUAAGUCUGCAUGCGACGAAGACGACAAAGAUGAGGAAUAUGCAAAAGCAUCUGCUUGGUACCGUGUCACGUAUCAUCCAGAUUAUUGGGGUCGUUACAAUGAAGGUAUGCAAAGAGAUCAUUUUUUGAGUUUUCCAUGGUGCGUUUCUGACAAACUUAUUCAAAUCAAAAGGGAGAAGACAUGCUUGGUAAAUUUGUCACCGAUACUAACUUUUCGAGACCAGAAGGUUUGAUGUCUGUGUCCUUGAGUUCUAAGAUGAUUCGGUGAUGUUGUAAUUUAUAUUUUCCU